UAUAGAAUAUCUAAGAUUUCGAUCAUAUCAAAAUAUUGUGGUUAUACUGAUAUACUAUACAAUUAUUUGCAUUUUGGGAGGAAAUAGUUUGCUAAAAGUAUGAAAAUUUAGGCACACCCCCUGCGUCAGAGGUUGGCACAUUCUUCUUCAAGCACGUGGUACAAAAUGGCGGAACAAAUGGAGGUCGCACAACAGAACAACAUGGAGAACCUGGCAGAAGACGUGACCAAACCCGUGGCGAACAGUGACGAUGUCAGCCACCCUGAUGACAUGACGUCACGAGACUAUUACUUUGACUCGUACGCCCACUUCGCCAUCCAUGAGGAGAUGUUGAAAGACGAGGUGCGCACUCUGACGUACAGAAACGCCAUGUACCAGAACAAACACCUGUUUAAGGACAAGAUAGUUCUUGAUGUGGGAUGUGGCACGGGGAUCCUGUGUAUGUUCGCUGCCAGAGCAGGGGCCAAGAAAGUCAUAGGGAUUGAAUGUUCCAGUAUAGUAGAACAUGCUAUCAAGAUUAUUGAGGACAACAAUUUGGACCAUAUUGUGACGAUCGUGCGAGGUAAGGUAGAGGAAGUGGAUCUGCCAGGGAUAGACAAGGUGGACAUCAUCGUGAGUGAGUGGAUGGGGUACUGUCUGUUCUACGAGUCCAUGCUCAACACUGUGCUGUAUGCUCGCGACAAGUGGCUGGCCCCUGACGGAAUCCUGUUCCCUGACCGAGCCACGCUGUACGUCUGUGCUAUCGAGGACGGGCAGUACAAGGAUGAGAAAAUCAACUGGUGGGCCAAUGAUGUGUAUGGGUUUAACAUGGCGUGUAUGCGACCGCUGGUAAUCCAGGAGCCGACCGUGGACGUGGUGUCGGCCAGGCAUGUCGUUACCAACUCGUGCCUCCUGAAGGAGGUGGACAUCAACACAUGUAAGAUCGAGGACCUACAGUUCACCUCGCCCUUCUGUCUCCAAUGCCGGCGGAACGACUAUGUCCACGCCUUGGUCUGCUUCUUCAACGUGGAGUUCACCAAGUGCCACAAGCGCACCGGCUUUUCCACGGCCCCCGAGGCCCACUACACCCACUGGAAGCAGACAGUGUUCUACAUGGAGGACUACCUCACUGUGAAGCGGGGGGAGGAGAUCUACGGCACCUUCAACAUGAGGCCCAACAAGAGGAACAAUAGAGACUUGGACUUCAGCAUUGAUGUGGAGUUUAAGGGGGAGCUGGGAGAACUGUCCGCCUCCACCAACUACAAGAUGCGAUAGAGCCGUGCCAAACUCACCUGCAAUAUUUCUGAAUGGUAUAGUCCAGUACCAUUGCAGGUGAUCCUGGAAUAUGCCAUUCAAAAAAGCACGGAAAUAAGGACAAAUAGACCUCUCCACAGAUCCCAUUGCAUGCUGGGAGAUGCAGGGCACUAUGGGUAGCAUAGUGGACAAAUAAUACCGUUACUAUGAUACCAUAGACCAUCCUAGACACAGUACACUUUUGCUAUACAUGUUGAGUCACAGCAACGAUAUUAUUUGCUCCGUGCUACCCAUGGUGCCCAGUAUCUCCCAGCAUACUUUGGGACCCGUGGGAGAUCUAUUAGGAAACCACAGAAAAAAAUGCAACAGUUAAUGGUGAGACUUCUGUUCAAACUGGUGAAAAAGGUUUGACUUCUGGUCCAUUUUCCAGCAGUUUGGAAGAAAAGUCAGAAGUUUCUCACCAAGACCUAACCCUCUAACAACAAGAAGAUGUUCAAGUACUAUUUUGAUGUUGGAGAGAAACAUAGAAAAUGAACAAUAACUUCUCUGAAAUUAUUAGAAUUUUACAACAGGAAGGAACAGUUUACACAAAAGCAAGCAUCAGAAACUUUGAAAGAAAACUGUCAGAUAUAAAGUAACCAAUCAUAAAAUAGAAGGCAUUAAAGAAAAAAA